UCGUAUUUUAUUUAUUUUCUUUUGUUUUGCAAAAGAUUUGAAAUAGAUUUAUAAAGUUGCACAAGGAAGAAUAAGGAAAACCAGGUAUUAUUAAUAUACGCGAAAUUAGAUGUAGAAACAGCUGUACCUAAGUAGAAAGUCAAAUUACACGACUACAUUUGUGUCAAUACUUCAAGUUCACAAAGGCUGUGAUGUUCUCUUCCACUGUUUGUAUUGCUAUCUUGGCAGCUUUAAGUGCUAUUAGUAUUGAUUUCAGGGGAUUGCUUGCUGAUAUGCCACCCCCUCAAAAACCCUGCUCCCAAGAUGGCUACUGCCACAUAAGUGACAAAAACCAACAUGAAGGAAACUCUGAUAUCAAUCACAACAAAGCAAAAUAUGCCGUGCCGUUGACUGACAACUCCCCCCUUGCCAUACCGUUGACUGACAACUCCCCCCUUGUGCCCAAGGGAACAAAACCCAUCAUACUAUGGUGGACGGAACAUAUCUUCCCACACGACAAAUCGCAAACAAGUCAUGAGAUUUACUGCAAAAAGGGGGGCUGUAUUACAACAAUUGAGAGAAAGUUGAAGGAUGAUCCGUCUACUCGCGCCAUGAUGUUUUACGGGACAGACCUCCGUGCCGAUGACCUGCCUCUUCCAAGGGUUCCCUGGCAUGAGUGGGCUCUGUUCCAUGAGGAGUCACCCAAAAACAACUGGAUGCUGACGCAUGAAGAUGCACUCAGGAUGUUUAACCAUACUGCAACAUUUCGCCGUGAAUCAGACUACCCCCUCUCAUCCCAGUUCAUCCGGGACGCAAGAGACUGGACCUCCACCCAGGCCAUUCCUGUCAGUGAGAAAAACAGGCUCAAAAAGGAAAAAGGGUUCGCCGCAAUAGUGUACGUGCAAAGAGACUGCUACACACCCUCGGACCGCGAAGCGUACGUGCAUGAGCUCAUGAAACACAUUCCUGUGGAUUCCUAUGGCCCUUGUUUAAACAACAAACAAAUGCCUGAGGAAAUCGACGGGUUCCUUAAAUUGCACAGCCCCGCCUUCUACGAUUUCCUCGCGCAGUACAAAUUCCACAUCGCGUUUGAAAAUGCAAUUUGCCAAGAUUACAUGACAGAAAAGUUGUUUAGGCCAAUCGAAGUUGGCUCGGUGCCGAUCUAUAUGGGCUCUCCUAAAGCUCGGGAUUGGAUGCCGAACAACAAAACGGGAAUUUUCGUGAACGAUUUCAAGAGCCCAAAAGAGCUAGCAAAAUUUAUUAAAGAUUUGGACGCAAAUGACCAAGAGUAUGAGAAGUAUUUGGAGUAUAAACAGAGUGGGAAGAUAACAAACAAGUUUCUAUUAAAUGCUCUGGAAACUCGACCGUGGAGAAUUCUAGGAGACUGGGACAAAGUCAAUUUUGGACACCGUAUGUACGCAGGAUUUGAAUGUCAUGUGUGCGACCGCAUCCAUGAACGACAAGAGGCAUUGCGGGCGCACCAAUUAAAUCCAGAGAAAAUCCCGCCCCCUCCCCUAAGGGUCGCGAAGGCUGAGCAUCUAGCCUGCCCAGAGCCUAAAAUGUCCAUUGAGAAAAAGAAAGGAGUAAAUAAAAGUGUCAACUACUGGGAGGGAGUAAAAGAGGCGACAGCAAUGAGAAAGAUGAUUGAAGCCGGAGAAACAGAUUCGAAGAAUUUCAAACCAAAGUAUUUAAAAGAGAAAACUGAUCACUACAAUUGAUGAUCAUAACGUAUUUUAUUGUACUUACAGAAUUAAAAUUUAUUAGAAUGCA